CGCGCGGGGACGGCAACAUGGCUGCGCCCAUGUGCGCGCACGGGGCGUGCCCGGAGCGCCGGGCCCGGCCCCGCUGAUCCCCCCCCGGAGCGCCAGCCCCGACCGCCAACCCUGCAUGGAGCCGCGGCAGUCCUGGGCGGCCUUGGCGGCUGGUGGAGUUGCUGGUGUGUUUGUUGACUUGAUCCUUUUUCCCCUGGAUACUGUGAAAACAAGACUUCAGAGUCCUCAAGGAUUUAGGAAAGCUGGUGGUUUUCGUGGCAUCUACGCUGGUGUUCCUUCCACUGCAAUAGGAUCCUUUCCAAAUGCUGCUGCUUUUUUUAUCACCUAUGAGAAUGUGAAAUCUGUGCUGCCCCAUGGAUCUUCAUCUUACUUGUCCCCUGUGACACACAUGGUGGCUGCCUCCCUUGGGGAAGUGGUUGCCUGUCUCAUCCGGGUCCCGUCCGAGGUUGUCAAGCAAAGGGCUCAGGUUUCUCCUUCCUCCAGCACCCUCCAGAUUCUCUCCCAAACCCUGUACCAUGAGGGUAUUCAAGGACUUUACCGAGGUUAUAAAAGCACAGUAUUAAGAGAGAUUCCUUUCUCUCUGGUACAGUUUCCCCUCUGGGAGUCCUUAAAGGAUCUCUGGUCAUGGAAGCAGGGUCACGUGGUGGAUUCUUGGCAGUCAGCAGUCUGUGGAGCUUUUGCAGGUGGAUUUGCAGCUGCAGUCACCACACCGCUCGACGUAGCAAAGACAAGAAUUAUGUUGGCAAAGGCUGGUUCCAGCAAUGCCAGGGGGAAUGUUCUGGCUGCCCUUGGUGACAUCUGGAGGACACAAGGCCUGUCAGGCUUGUUUGCAGGUGUUGUCCCACGGAUGGCAGCCAUCAGCCUGGGAGGCUUCAUCUUCCUGGGGACAUAUGAGAAGACUCGGCAGCUGCUGCUCUGAGCCAGCCUGGCCACUCCUGCCAGGGCAGAGGAGGAGGAGUCUGGCUGGAGCUGAGCCUUCCUCUGCGCCCCUACAGCAGCUGUCCCACAGGCUGAGAGCCACUCUCCCUGCUGGAGAAAAGUAAAUCCUCCAAUAAUCCAGUUUCCCAAACAUGAAAUUUUCCUGCAUGGAAAGUGGGUGAGGUCACUGAGAAGAGUUGUGCCAAAAAAGUAAUGUUUGGGGGGUAAACAGCUAAUUAUGGUGGCUGCGAAAGGCAUUAUUAGAACUCCUGCAGGGGAAGUGUUUUGGAAAGCUCUGGCUUGGGGGCUGAGUGGGGAGGCUGAAAUAAAGCAAGUUUUGAUCAUUCAGUGGCACCUGCCUCGUAACAGGGAGGGGAAGGGGCUGAUAUAGAGUUACAGCCUGCUGCCCUCCAACAGCAGCAAAGGAUUCCAGCUUGGGAGAGCUCUUUGUAAGAGACAAUAAUCCAUUUGUUCCUGAUUCGAGCUGUAUUUGUGGAAGUUUAUAUUCCUGUUUAUACCUACAGGUGCUCAGCAAGCAUUCCUGUGUGGGAGCCAGAGCAGCUUUAUUAAUCACACUCAUAUUUCUCCAGUAAAAGCACAGGCUUGUAUUAUUUUACAGCUGUGCUUGUGCAAAGACGUGGAGCUCUGCCUUUCUUUUGGUCUUCAUCCCUCAGCUGCUGAAGCAGCAGGAGGGUGGAAAUGAAGCCUGGGAGGGAAGCUGGGAGGGCAAGGCAGGGAGAACAUCAGCUGAGGGAUGGACAUCAUUGUGUAGGGAUGGACAUCUUCGUGUAGGGAGGGAUCCUGAGGGCUCUUGGGGGGCUGCUGGCAGGCAGUGCAAAAUCCUGCUGCUGUUCUCAUGUGGGAAACAGAAGCUGCAGCAGCCAAAAUGGUGUGGGGAUGAGUGUGAUGAAAAACCUUACUGGAAAUACUCAAUUGGCUGGGGAGGUUCAGCUGUGGAGGUGUUUGUGUGGGCAGGCAAAGCCAAGGGGCUGUGGUGGGUGAUGGUUUGUGCAUUACUGUGGGCUGGGCCAUGACUCUGGGAAGCUCCUCACACAGGGGAGAGGAGAGGAGAGGAGAGGGUGGCACAGGGCCCUGUGACAGCCCUGCCAGGUCACCUGUCCUGGUGGCAAUGUGCCUGCUCCAUCCCUGCCACCCCAACACUGCUGUGCCAGGGGGAUGUGCUGCCCGUGGGUGCUGUGAUUUACCUGUGAGGCUGUUCCCCCCAUGAGCACAAUGUUUGGAGUGUUUGGAGCCCCUGGAGGAGGAGAACAAAUGCCAGAGCAGGUUGGUGGCCUGACCAGGGAACACGGGUGACACCAGACCCAGAGUGCAAAAGCACAGGCUGGAUGUUUUAUUACACUGCUAUCCAUGGCAGAGUAGUAAGACUUUUUAGAGGCCAAAACUUAGAAAAUAAUUGGCAGAUGAGUAAAACAUACAGAACAAAGGACAUAAUUCUUAAAAUAAUCUUCAGUUAAAAUGAGGAAUUCAGCCAAGUCCCAUAUUGGCUGGUUGGUAAUCUUCUCUUUACCAAGCUGUGUAGCUGUGCUUCCUGCCACUUUGAGGCUGUCUCUUUAAUGACAUUCUAUAUAUAUGUAUGUAUCACAUCCAAUUUUAGGGGUUGGGGGACCAGGAGAUUUAUUACUGUGUCUCAAAAAUCUAUCACAUUUUCUAUUGAAGCUUUUAAACAUGGUGGGGGGGUUAGCAUUGCAGUUGAGCUGUAAAUAAUCAUCUUUAUGUCAUGGGGUCCAAAGGGUGCAAUUUUUGUUGUU